AGUACAGAGUCCCCCUUUCUACUGGAGAUCAGAUUCUCUGCUCUGCCAGCAACACAGUUAUUUUUAUUUUUGCAAUCGCCUGGCCUGUCGGUCCCUUGCUGCCCUGUAACACCUGCCUGCCUGCCAUGCACUCGAGGACUGCGCCCAUCACUCUGCUGCUCCUGGUACAGGUGGGCUUUUCUGUGAGCCUCGACGCCAUCCAGUGCCCGCCAUGCUCCGAGGAGAAGCUGGCGCGCUGCAGGGCGCCCACCGGGUGCGAGGAGCUGGUGCAGGAGCCCGGCUGCGGGUGCUGCGCCACUUGCGCCUUGGCCAAAGGAAUGCCCUGCGGGGUCUACACGCCGCGCUGCGGCUCUGGGCUGCGGUGCUACCCGCCGCAGGGAGUGGAGAAGCCUCUGCACACGCUCAUGCACGGCCAAGGGGUCUGCAUGGAGCUGGCUGAAGUGGAAGCAAUUCAAGAGAGCAUGCAGUCCACAGGUAAGAGGGGCAUCAGGCUCUCAGGCACAUAAGCCUGGCAGGCAGGUCUACUGGCCGCACCAGUUGUGGCGCAGAGGAAAUGCUGUACUAUGGUUUGGAUGUGGGGAAGGGUGGAUUUGUCUGGGGGUACCUUACCUUUGUGGGUAAUGGCUUGCGUUCGCAGUCUUCGAGUUGCCAGCUCUGAAAACGGGCACAACCACAGCUAUUGGCCAGUACCUGGAAGGAAACUGACGCCACAUCGACCAUCGCUGCACCCUUGACCGAUGCUAGAUUUAACAACUUCACGCUCUCUCUUGGGACCCUUCAGAGAGCUUUGUGCUGCAUGUCAGGCUCACAAUACGCUUCUUGGCUGCCAACUUGUAACACAAAAAUAACCUGCGCGCAUGUUCAAAACGACAAGUGGCAAAAAAAAAUACUUGUUGCAGGUCGAGUUUCCAAGGGCUGCAGUUUCCAAGCGCAUUGUCCUCUGUGGCAAGGGAAGUGUGCUCACAUUUGCGGAUAGUGGUGGUGGGGAGAUCAUCUGCUCUGUGAUGAAAGAUUUGAACAUGUAUUUCGUAUGUUCUACUGUUAGCGCUGCAUGAAUCGCGGUAGUCCUUUUCCUAUGCGUGAAUAGUCGGGGGAUAGAAUGGGGCUGAAAAUAACUGGUAUUUCGAGUUCCUUUUGUUUAUCUCCAAAGCUCUCUCGGCAUAGGUUUUGGCACAUGGGAGAAACAGGGCGAUUCCAGACAGGAGCUUACUAUUGCAAACGGGGGCCCUUCAGAUAUGGCAAAUGGGGUGUUGGCAACAUGUGGCGGUGGUCCCCCCCCCCUUUCGUUUUAACUUACUGGAUUGUACGCACUUCAAACGUGAACUGCAUAGACGUGAUGCUGGUCAAACUUGGGAAAGAAAAACAAAUAUUAAUACAGCCUGUCUGCUUAUAGCUCAGUCAUUAGAACAUGAGACUCUUAAUCUCAGGGUCCCGGGUUCGAGCCCCAUGUUGGGCAAAAGAUCCCUCCAUUCCUUGUGGUUAGACUAGAUGAUCCUCAGGGUCCCUUCCAUCUCUACAAUUCUAUGAUUCUCUGACUACAGCAAGGCAUGACUGUUUAAGCAAAGGCUUGAACCUCUCUUGUUUAGUUUUUUCACUGUUCGUUUUUAGGUAGUGUUCAUUACUUACUAAUAAAAAUUAUUUGAAAAUAUAUAGGGGGAGAAACGCUGACGUUUUGAUGCCGACCGCAACGCAUAGACACUAUGGACAAGCAUGCGGGUACAAAGAGCACUGAACCUCACAAUAUCUAAUAGGAGGCUUUUCCAGCCUCCCUAGCCAUCCAACCAGUGGCGGAGCUUCAUGCUCUGGCACCGGGGGGCGGAGAGCAGGCAGGGGUGGGGCUGGCGCACGUCCCAGGCGCGUGGCACGCCACCUGCACAGGCGGGGGGUCAGCCACGAUGGCACCCCACCGGGAUCGCGCUGUCAGGGGAGUGCGCUCCCCCCGCACUCCUCUUCCUCCGCCAGUGCAGUGCAUCCACCCCCUCCAGUACUGGACAAGAAGGUGAUUUGUCACUUUAUUUGAAGUUGUUUCCUAAAGAUCUCUUAAUGGAGAUCAGAUGCGCCUGUGUAGAUUUCAGUUUCCUUUUUCUUUCAGCUACGAAAGGGAGGCGUGCAGGGCAAUCUUGUACACAUCUAACUCGGACACGCUCAAAUUCAGUGGGAACGGGUUCCCAGGUAAUUUGCAUGUACAGAGGAUUGCAGCCUAAAGUACAUAAGGGGUAACUGAGGCUACUGCCUUGGAGCAGCAGGUUGGACCAAAUGACUCUUGGGACCCUUUCCAACUCUACAGUUCUAUGAUUCUAUGUGGGGGGUAUUCUUUUCUUUUAAAAAAAAAAAGAAAAUCCCAGUGGUUUUUUAAAUUGUUUUAUUUCCACACAAAAUAUCUCUACUUCAGUGUUAGCAUAAGUCCUUCACGUCUAAUUGCCCCACUAACAACUGUUUCAGUGCACUGAUCCGAUAUGCAAACAUGCCAAUACAAAACCUUUCUUGAGCGUAGGCUGUGCCAAGAAGUUGCACACCACACGCGUCAAGGGCAUGUAAAUAGUAUUCAGCCAUGACUGUUCAGUGCCUCUGACCCGGAAUGUCUUGGAGUGCUAGUGUCAAUCAGGACCACCUCUUUCUGCCGCAUAGAGCCACAUCCUUAAAGAGAGAAAGAAUGGAAGGUCGAUCUUGGAGAUAAAGUGACCAAUGAUGUUUUUUUCUUCCUUUGAAACUGGGAGGAAAGAAAUUUCAGUGAAGAAACUUGGUUUGUAUUCCCUCUUUGCCACCCCAUAACUCCCAUACCCCCCAUUCUUUUUGAGAAGCAAUGCACAAACCUUCGAGAUGCACAAAGAAUAGUGUUAGAAGUCAUGUGAGUGAUAUCUAAAUGUUUCACUAUUGUGCAAUCAUGCUGUAGAAAAAACAUAACCAGUGCACAUACUGGUACAGAAAGGUGUACCCACACCUACAUACAGGGGUGCCAAGUUGCAUAAAAUAUUUUUUUGGGGGGUGCAAGUAAGCCCCACCUUCAUAAUCAAUCACAUGAUGCGGUGCAUGCACACCAUUUGAAUGGCAAUGCCCAUCAAAUAUUUUAGAGGGGAGUUGAAGACCCCUCGGCUCCUAUGAGUUGGUUCCUAUGCCUGUGUACGCCCAGAAAGUUUUAAAAAACACUUUGGAGGGGGGUGGGAAGAGAGGAGAGCCAAUCGAGGUGAAGCCUGACUAUGCACCAACUGGAGUGGACAGGGCAUGGUGGUGAGAUGUUUGGGGUGGAGAAGGCACUGAAAGGAUGUGAUUCAUUCUAUGCUGUGCAAGGCACAUUGCGAUUGCAGCAUCCAGCAAAUACUGGGAAAUAAGAGACUGGUUAGUGCUGGAAGGCUCCUGUCUAGAAGCAACCAUUGGCUGGUGUUCUAAGAACGUACAUGGCUGCAAGUGACAGGUUCUGCAACAAGUGCCCUGGCCCAAUCCACCUGGUCAGCUCUUCUGCCUUUAUGAGCAGCCAGAAGCUUGACAGGCAGCCAGAAGCUUGACAGGCAGCCACUCCUCAGCAUAGAGAGGCAGAAUAUCAUCUCCUAAUUGCGACUGAUCCAUCCGCUAAAAGGCACAGCUACGGGGCUGACAUGAGAGUCAGCUGGCAACCUUGGAUUAUUUAAUGGGCUUUAAAUGUGCGACAUUUAAUGUACACGGGUGGCAUUGUGGUCUAAACCACAGAGCCUAGGGCUUGCCGAUCAGAAGGUCAGCGGUUCGAAUCCCCGCAACGGGGUGAGCUCCCGUUGCUCGGUCCCAGCUUCUCCCAACCUAGCAGUUUGAAAGCAUGCCAGUGCAAGUAGAUAAAUAGGUACCACUCCGGCGGGAAGGUAAACAGCAUUUCUGUGCACUGUUCUGGUUCGCCAGAAGCGGCUUAGUCAUGCUGGCCACAUGACACGGAAGCUGUACGCCAGCUCCUUCGGCCAGUAAAGCAUCAUGAGAGCGGCAACCCCAGAGUCGUCCGCGACUGGACCUAACGGUCAGGGGUACCUUUACCUUUAAAUGUGCUACAUUUUCAGUGACAUACAAAGAGAUACCAUACUGAGGGAUCUCGUGUACCCUUGGAGUGCUGUGUCCAGUUCUGGGCACCACAGUUUAAGAAGGCUAUUGACAAGAUAGAACGCGUGCAGAGGAGGGUGACCAAGGUGGAAACCAAGCCUUAUGAGGAACGGUUGAGGGAGUUGGGUAUGUUUAGCUUGGGAAAGAGGAGACUGAAAGGCAUAUGACAGCUUUCUUCAAAUACCUGUUGCACGGAAGAUGGCACAAGCUUGUUUUCCGCUGCCCCAGAGGGUAGGACCCAAACCAACAGAUUCAAAUUACAUGAAAGGAGUGUCUGACUAAACACCAGGAAUAACUUUCUGACAGAGCUGUUAGACAGUGGAAUGGGCUACCUUGGAAGGUGGUGGACUCUCCUUCAUUGGAGGUUUCUAAACAGAGAGCAGGUGGACAUCAGUAAUUCCUUCAAGGGGUGGACAAUGACCUUUUAGUUCUUUCCCAACUCUACAGUUCUAUGGUUCUGUGUGUUUUUCAAAAACUCACAGUGUUUCUAUUUAAAAAAUCACCGUGCAAAAUGUCGGAACACAGGGGUACCAACUUGAAUAAAAUAUUGCGGGUCCCAGGUAAGCCCCACACUGCAUAAUCAAUCACAAGGUAAAGGUAAAGGACCCCGGGAUGGUUAAAUUCAGUCAAAGGCGACUAUGGGAUGCUCCGCUCAUCUCGCUUUCAGGUCGAGGGAGCCGGCGUUUGUCCACAGACAGCUUUCCAGGUCAUGUGGCCAGCAUGACUAAACAGCUUCUGGCACAACAGAACACUGUGAUGGAAACCAGAGCAUACGGAAACACUUUUAACCUUCCCGCCACAGUGGUACCUAUUUAUCUACUUGCGCUGGCGUGCUUUUGAACUGCUAGGUUGGCAGGAGCUGGGACCAAGCAACAGGAGCUCACCCCAUCACUGGGAUUUGAACCGCCGACCUUCUGAAUGGCAAGCCCAGAAGGCGCAGUGGUUUAGACAACAGCGCCACCUGUGUCCCUCUAGUCACAAGACCACACACACACACACACACACACACACACACACACACACACAUUUGAAUGGCAAUUCCCAUCAACUUUGGGGGUCUCGGGGGGGUGGCAAAGGGGCCUCGACCCUAGGAGUUGGCUCCAAUGUCUGAACUUCAAUUUCUGUAAGCUAGCUGCUGGAAAUCUAUGCUGUACAGAUAUCCCUGCCCUUUGGCCCAACACAUAUAAGCAAAUAAGAAGCUUGACUGGGGUGGGGGGCCAGAAUGCAGACCACCUACCUGCCUCUGGGCCUGCAAAUACCAGAUCCAUUAACUCCUUCCAUCUUGUCCGGUUCUCUGCUGUGCUUUCAGUCUUGAAAUCCACAGGUGGCAGGUUUGUUGUGUUGCUCUGUGUGAAGGCCACGGUCCAACAGACUUCUGACACCAUGUGUUGUCGUCUCCUGUAUGAACUCUCCACAAGCUGAGUUAAUGCAAAUUCAAACUUUAUUCUUGAUGCGGCUUGGGAGCCUGCACCCAGCAGUAACUAACUCAGCCAGGCCACACCUCUGAGUCAGCUGCUCUCCAGGAACUGGCUUCCUGGGUCAUAGCGGUUUCUUUUUAAGGGGCCACAUACUAGAUGUUUAAUUGAUAAUGCAUAUAUCCCGCUCACAACAUUCCUUUUUUUAAAUCACUGUUGGCAAACUGGCUCUCUAGUUAAGUUUUUGUUUUUGUUUUGACUUGCCAUGGACAUAGAACUAGUUAUAAAGCAGUUUGGCAGCGGAGGAAGUGUUCAGUUGUGUGCCUUGCAAAUGGAGGAGAAUAUGCAUGGCCGUCUAGCUCCUCUCAAAAUACCGUUAAGCUCAGAUCCUCCAAGAGUUUCUAUUUUCCAGGGACUUUCCUGAUUUAAAGAAGCCGUCCCGGUUUCUUAUUUGAUCCCUGAAUGUCCCACUUUGCGCCUUAAAGGUAAAGGUCCAGUCGUGACCGACUCUGGGGUUGCGGCGCUCAUUUCGCUUUAUUGGCCGAGGGAGCUGGGGUACAGCUUCCGGGUCAUGUGGCCAGCAUGACUAAGCUGCUUCUGGCAAACCAGAGCAGUGCACAGAAAUGCCAUUUACCUUCCCGCCGGAGCGGUACCUAUUUAUCUACUUGCACUUUGACGUGCUUUCGAACUGCUAGGUUGGCAGGAGCAGGGACCGGCUCACCCCAUCGCGGGGAUUCGAACCGCCGAUCUUCUGAUCGGCAGGUCCUAGGCUCUGUGGUUUAACCCAUAGUGCCACCCGCAUCCCUCCUUUGCGCCUUAGGAUGUCCCUAUUUUCUUUGUAGCAUUGUUGGAGGGUAUGGAGUUAUCCAACCCCCGAGCCGUCUGAAGGCAAUCCUGUAUAGGGAAGUUUUUUUUAAAAAAAAGGUUUUAUUGUCUUUUUAUGCUCAGAGUGGCUGGGGCAACCCAGUAAGAUAUGUGGGGUAUAAAUAGUAAAGUUAUCAUUACGGAAUGGGAGGCUGUCCGUAUUUUCAUCGGAGAAAUGUUGGAGGGUAUGUAAGCUUAGACUCUGGCUGUGCACCACUGAUGGACACAUACACAGAAGCGGCAAAAAAAUAAUAAAACUUAGUAGGCUAAUGGGAAGUCAGACGAAAUUGUCUGUAUGCUGUAAUUGCAGUGCACCUUACAUACCACAGAAUGAAUGGCAUUCAUUUCAGGGUUGUUCUCACCAUGUCCUGUCCACACCAGUGGGUGGGAAUGCCAAAGUCUCCCCCACCCCCAAAUGCUCACCUCCUUUUCAACCCCUUUUAUUCAUUUAUUUAGCCAAGUGCAUAAAGCUGAAGUUAAAUGCAUGUAAGUUGAGGCCUUCCUGUAUUUAACGUCUUGAGCUCCUUGGAAAACCACCUUGAGUUCAACCUUGUUGUUGGAAAAGUGAAAUGCAAAUACCAAACUAAAUCAAGAUCGGAACUCGUGGCCCCUUCCCAACUCUACCAUUCUAGUAUAAAUCAAAAAGCAGACCAUGGCAAUGAUAAGAGUCCUUGUUUGAAAGGCAGAUUUGUAUAUGAGCCUUUGGGUAGGAAAUGCAACUUAUUCCCUAUGUGUGGCCUGGGGAUCAAGUAACUGAGAUCACUUUCACCUUUAGCAUGAACUGCCUGGUGAAAGGGCCAUCCAUUAUCAAUCAGGAUGCAAGGAGAUUAGGGAGGGAUUGACAACAGGAGGUUGCUAGAUGCUCCUACUGUCUGCAUUUUAUCAAGGUCACUCCAUAUUUCCUGGUACUUGUCCCUGGCAAAUUGCUGUCUCUCUGUUAUGCCUUGGGGGAAGGGAUAUCUUUAAAAGAACGUGCUGGUAGAGUGCUCACAUGUACAUUAUCUUAGUUUCUGCCAACACACCCAAGAGUGUUAAGGUUGCUGAAUGUGUUUUGAUUGCGCGGUGAGUAACAUCCGAUCCAUGGCAGGGUGGAACAUUAUAUUAAACUUCAAGCUCUCGCAGCUCCAGCCCCAGCCUUGACCCCUAUUAACACAAACUGCUUCAGAUGCAGCGGCUAUCAUACCUUUCCAAGUGUCCUGAUUUUCCAGGGACCAUUCCAGAAUUAUGAAAGCCAUCCCAGCUUCUGAUUUGAUUCUGAAAUGUCCCCAUUUCCCCCGCCAGUGCUGUCGCCAUUGAGCUUAGGAAGGAGGAUGAGCCGGCCCUUGUCCUGAGUGGCAGCAAGGGAGCAUCCCAUUGCCUCUCCAUGGCCACUGCUGAUGGCCUCCUCCCAUGGGCAGCUCGUAGUGGAUAUGGCUGCUGCCACCAAGGCCCAGCUCUGUACGAUGCGCCGGCUCUGAGAUGCAAACAGAGAGUAGGGCGUGAAGAAAGGGGGAGAGGAGUGGAGCACAAGGAAUCUUGAAUUAUUAUUUUUAAUGCUUUGCGUCUAAUCUUACCCCUUUCUAAAAUGUAUUUAUGGUGUGUGUUUUUCUUUUGGUAAAUCUACGAAUAAUAAAAUCAGGAUUAAGGGGUUUCCUCAGGACAGUGGAAGGCAUCCCGUUGAUGUAGUGCUAGUAGCAUUCACCCUUCUUCUGAUAGGAAAUUUUUGGCGGGGGGGACAGCAAAAAAUGGGGGGGGGUUGAGGAGGGUCAGUUGCGGAGUGGGGGAGUGAGAUAUGUCCCUAUUUUCAUUUGAGGAAUGUCAGAGGGUAUGGGCUAUUGUAGAUUCAGGGCGCUUCCAGUCUUUCACUCUUGGGAGUGGGACCUACCAACAAAUUCAGGCUCUGCCAUGAUAGCUGAUGGUGAAGUCUUGCUCAGCAAACCCAUUUCCCUCAGCGAUCAGACUUUUGCCAAAAGGCAAAUGAUGGGGAAAUGCCCUUGGCUAGCACUUGCUUUGACAAGACGUCAUCUAACCACCCUCCUUGCAAAACAGAUCGCGAUAAAUACUUGGUAAACAGGUGGUUUGGAAGCACCCUCAGGGUAAAAUAAAUAGCACAGCAUACGGGAAGCAGAAAAAGCUUUCAUCCAAACUGCUGGUGAUUUGUGCGGUCUCUCAGGCAGUGAUUCUUGGUGUGAGGCUGUGUACCCUUUAUUCUGCAUCUGGCAUGUUCCCAACCACAGUUUUGCACAACAUUAGCCACACUCCACACCCAUCCUGUCACUUCUUCAGGAAAUGCCGCCUUUUGAGGCAUUCCCACCUCAAACCGGCUUCAAACCGAAUUGAGAAUUGAGCCACCUCGCUGUGUUUAAGCCGGCAAUGUGUGCACAGCAGUUUUAGUUACAAAUACACAGGAGGCACUCUGUGUUCAUUUGUGAAAUAUGAGGGUGAGGGUUACCACUUUCUGGGGUCUGUACCUAUGCCUCAGAGCCAGCCCAAGAUAUUUGGCUGUGUGAGGCAAAAGACAAGGUGGUGCCGCCAACCCUCCCUAUUUCUUGUACAGAUGCCAGCCACUUGAAUCUGAAUUCCAGCACUGGCAACAUCACAACAUCUUCUAUCCACUUGAGGGCGAUAGGCUACGUCAGGGGACAAAGGGCAGGCCACACGGCACGCACCUCUCUUCUCCAAAGCCUUGCCACCGCCACUCUGCUCUGCAGCAUCAGCCAACCAAGGUGGCUGCUUCACUCUGCUUUAUGGGAGGGCUGGUCCUGUUGGUAUGCUUCUAGCAACAGCCUGAACCUGCAGAAAGUAUAUAUUAUAUAUUAUAUUAUUUAUAUAUAUAUAUGGACACAGACCUAAACAGUGUAGAAGGUGUCGCUUGUCCUGAAUCUCCCAACAUUUAGUUUCAUUGGAUGUAAUUAAUUAAAGAACUUUAAUGUCUGCAUCAGGGUCCUGGAUUAAUAUGAGCCUACAGAGGUGAAGUCAGGGCUGGCUCAAGACAUCUUGCUGCCUGAGGUGGACAAAAUGGCACCUCCCAUUCCAUGUAGAGAAGUAGCUUGGAGCACUAACUGAUUCUUAGUUCAACACUGGUGAUGGGAUAGCACACCUGAGGAAAGGAGGCUCACUUAGGGGGCUCUGUAUAACAUAGAGAGCUCUACUUCAACAUCUCAUUGCCCUUCCCUCCGUAUCUGCUACCCAAGGCAGCUGCCCCACUCUGCCUAACAGUAGGGCCAGUCCCGUGUGGAAUGUAGGGAUGGAUAGAUCUGUCAAUUUUGGUUCCCUCUCUCUCUCUCAUUUUUCCAAUGUUGAAUUCAGUUAUCCACAUUUCUGCAGCAAUUUUUGAUUUAUAAAACAAUCAUGAAAAUUUGUCAACAUAUUAGUGUGAACUUCACCUAAUAAACAGGUUUUUGUAUGCAGUUUUUAAUAAGGUACACAUUUUUGCAAGGACUUUACCCCAUGUAACACAUUUUCUAUGUAUGCAUUUUAUCCGCACUUUCGCCUGAUACAAACAUUUCUAUAAGCAAUGUUUGGUUGGAGAACUGCACUGCAAAAUUCAGAGAAGGGUGAAUUUUGAAGGAUUCCUGUGUUUUGGUUCACACAUUGUUUCACAAAGUGUGAAUUAGGUAGGUUUGCCUUGGGCAUCAUUGAGGUCAUACUAUUUCAGGCGCAUGCUGGGAUUCCAGCAAUGUUCUCCUCCAUUGCAACUUGAGAGCCUUUCUCUCACUUCAGCGUACUUUUGUGGUACCUUUGCUUCUAGAUUGAAAUACUGAAGAGCUUCAAACUCUUCAGGGCAUCUAAUGAUCUUAAAAUAUUUAAACCAGAGGGCUGGACCCAGAAGUGGCCUAACCACCACGGGACAUUUCAACAGUAGAACUGACUAGGGAAUGUGCCUCUCUAAUGUCGUAGUUAACUGAAAAUGGAAGAAAAAGAUGGGAUCUUGGACAUCAGUGGAUCUUCCCAUGAUUUUAAAUACAUAUUUAACCCUCCUCUUCUGUCUUUUACCUUCCAUGUUUCCCUUAUGUAUCUUCACUUGCCGCACCAUUCAGAAAUAUGUUGACUGGCUCAUUUACUUAAGGCAUCUGAAUUGUUUUAAUAAAAUAAAAAAUCCCUCAUUCUUAGCCAGGACUUCUGCAUCUUUCAAGAGCAGGAUGACAAGCAGAGUUCAAGAGGUGACAUUUCCCAUCACUUCAUUUCCAUCAGGGAAAAACAUCUUCUUAAAGGCAUGCAGUUAUUUAAGACUGACCAAGAAUGCUUCCUGGUAUUGUUCUCUAGACAGGGGGAAACCUAACAUUGCAUUGACAGCAGACCUAGAGACUGCAACUGGGAUUUUUAAAUGAAAAAAUUAAAUUAAUGUUCACCAAUGUACAAGCUUAUGAACCCUACUGAAAUUGGAAUUACUUCUGAGUUAAUAAGUUUUGUAUUGGAGUAUUAGUGUGACCUCCUGAUGAUUUAUGUUGUCUCCUUUUUGCUUCCACUGAUGGCUUUUAAUGUGUGUCCCGGUGAACUGAGGAUGCGUGAUGGAGGGGGGGACCUCAUGACCAUUUUGCGCUAGAUUCUGCCCCUCUUACUUACUAACACACAUUACACCACACGAAAAGAAAUGUGCUGUUUGCCUCUGAAUCUUUACUGGCAACUGGCCAGAGGGCUGCAAGUCUUCUACACAACCCCAAUCAUUCAACGCAAUAAAUCAACUUCUUCCUUUGAGAAAAAAUAUAUAACUUAAAUGGCUGCCAUUAAGUACCCUUGAGUGUGGAAAUGUGUGAUCAAGGGCUUUCAAAAAGUCGUCAUGGAUUAAGGAUCCAGGGAGUUGAAAACAUACAGGUGAGUGCAGAAGUUAGCAUCCCGAGAAUUGAUUUUCGGUUUUGCAAAACUGUUUCUAGUUGCUCAGAGUCUUGAACGUAUUUGGGCAAUGCCUGGUGGCAUCACAGAAACGGGGGCAGUUUCUGGAUGCGAUUUCUGCUAGUCUAGGCAUGGGGCUUCAGAACCAUGCCAAGCUCCACACCAGAUGGUAGGAUAAGAAAUGCACGGACAUUUGCUUAGCUAACACAUUUUGUGCAAGUCACAAAUAUAGGGUCAGUUUGGCACAGGUUUGCCUUGUCAAAGAUGCCAUCUUGCUCAAAUAAUUUGGCCUUGCACCUGAAAUCACUGCAUCUUUAAAGAUGCAGAAGUCCUGGCUAGGAAUAGGGGAUUUUUUUCUUCUUAUGAUGCAGGCAUUGUGAAGGCCUCUGUUGGUUCUUUCCCCCAUGACUUUUCUUGAUGGCACUGUUUUCCCCAUGCUGGAUAGUGUGUGGGCACAUAUCUUCCUGAUGUUUGGCUCAAAGAGAGCAGAAGCCCAGCUGCUUCUCAGACUUGAGUUAUCAUGAAGGUUUUGUUUGGUUCGAAUCAUGGCAUCCCAAAGGAUGCAACCCUGGAAAUCGCAGCAGGAAACUGGCUUCCCUGCCUCCAGUGGAAACUGGGAAGACAAGGCAUCCAGGAAACAGCUGAGGCAUCAUAGGACCACACUUUUUGAGAAUGAAGGCUGCGGAAAGGCUUCCUCCAUCAGCGGACAGGAAAAACUUUCCCAUCGCUUGUUGGGAUUGAGAAGUGACCUCGACUGCACAUUGUGGUAAGUCAAAGUGGCUUACCAUGAACGAGCAACUGUGCUCAUGCAUGUGCACCUGCCAUGCGUCUCAUUUCCCUAAGCUGAAAACAAGCCAGUGUUGUCUUAGCAUUGUGUGCAAAUCAUUACUUGUGAUUUCUUGCCAAACAAAUGACGAGAGCUAAGAGCAAACCUUGAUUUUGUUCAUUUUAACUGAUUUGACUGCCAGUUUUACCUAUUCCUUUUGCGCUAAGUGUUGCAUUAAUAUUAUCUUAUUAUUUAAAAUAAUAACAAAUCAAUAAAAAUAAUAACAUAGAACAAUAAUUAAUAUUUAUUUGUGCGUGUAUGAUCUGCAAUCUGCCCUAGGCUCAGGAAAGAUGAAGGGUAUGAUAAAACUUUCUAAAUAAAUAAAGUUAUGUGCUUGCUUCCCUUCCAGUUUGUCCUCUAAACUGAGUAAUGUAACGUGCUUAAGAUGUAAGGUCUAAUUAAGAUAUGCAAACUGGAUAAUAUUAUUAUUUUUAUUAAAAAAAACAUUUUGAGGUGAGGUGAGCAGUACUGUACACAGUAUUCUAAAUGUGGUUGCACCAUAGAUUGAUAUAAUGUCAGUUUUAUUUUCAAAUCAUGGUAAUGAUCUGAGGAGAAACCAAGGUACCCUGGUUUCUCUUUAGAUCGCAUAAAUCUUUUGCCUUCUACUAAAGAUUUCUGUGGAGAAAUCAUUGUAUCAGGGUUGGCAGCUACCAUAAUUUUUCUCUCUCUCCCUCCUUCCUUCCUUCCUUCCUUCCUUCCUUCCUUCCUUCCUUCCUUGAUAGAUACAUACAUAUGUGAGGGGAUAGGUCUAUUGGUGGCUUCUACCUUUGAGAGCCAGAAGAUUGUAUUCUAAAGUCUAACAACAAGAGAGAUUUGCAGACAUUUCCUGCGAUGAACAUCCCUAGGAUGUCCGGCUGCCACACAAGACAGUAUGCUGAUCUAGAACGCCAUGCCUGAACUUUACAUGAAUGGGUGGAAUUCUCCUGGACCAAACUGCUGAUUUCUUACUUGUAUUUUCUACCCAGCAGACACUGCUGGGUUAAUGUGUAGCCCAGAGAGUAAACAUUUUUGCCUCGUGUGUCUCCUCACUACCAGGAACAGAAUCUCCUGAAAUUGUUAUUUUUGGCUCUGUCCUUUGUAGGGUGACAAAGGGUAAUCGAUGCCCUUGGCAGUGGUGGUGAGGAAGGAGGCAGAGAUAGGAAAGGAGGAGGGUGCUGGGGGAGGGAAGGAGCAAAGGUGGUUUAAAGGCAGAAGUUGGCAAGAGGGUUGUUUUUCUAGGAAUUUUUUUUUAAAGGCCCGUGUUUUGGGAAGAAGGUUCUUUGUCUACCUGUUGCUGACCCGAGUCUGAUGUAAAGGGAAAAGUACUUUGUGUCACUUUCUUUGGCAGUAAGCAAAGGGAACCAAUUAAGAUUAAAAACACGCCUUUAAAUGAGUAUUGGUGAUGGUGACGAAGAAGACAUUUGAAAAUUGACGGAUGGGACAAAACACAAUCUCCGCCUCAUACCUGGGAAUUUGGUUGCUAGGCAACAGAAAAGCUACAAUGCUUCUCUCCUCAUCUUAUGGUUUGCUAAGUAAAAAAAAAUAAGAAAAGGAAGCCCCAGGAUGCAGUGCUCCAUUCAUUUUAGUUGCCAGGCAACAGAGUCUACAGCUAACUGUGUCCCCCUCUUGUGGUGGUUAUUAACCAUUGUAAGUAUUAUCAGGUAUUAGGGUUGCUUCUUUAAUGCAGGGCUGAGGAACCAGCGGCCUUCCAGAUGAUAAAACUCACGCUUACCUCAGCUCCAACCAUUAUGGUCAAUGACAUGGGAUGAUGGGAACUGUAGUCCAGCAACAUUUAGAGGGCUGCAGGUUUCCACCCUUGAUGUAGUAGAAGGCACUGAAUUUUGCCUUUUUCAUGGUGUGGAAACCUGCAUUACCAAUUUGGUUCUGUUCUUUUUCACAAAUACUGUCUCUCUACCUCCCCAAAUAUGUUUUAAUUUCCCUUUGUCCUUCCCCCUCAAUCAGGCAUGGUCUCCCUUGCUGGCUUUGAUGAAACAGCUGCCGACUUGUUCUGGAUUGACUUUCUCUCUACUCUGCCUCCACUUUCAUAAUCAAAGGCUGAGGCCUUUCUGUUUUCCCAGUGAAUAUUAGCCAAAUCUGCCCAGGCCAAAAUGUGAUGAAUUAUUAUUAUUAUUGAUGAUGAUGAUGAUGAUGAUGAUGAUAAUAAUAAUAAUAAGGCUUUAAAAACAACAACAAACUACUAGAUAACUAAUGAAGGGCAGGUGUGCUGGUGGUGCUUAGCCAUCCAAACCAGAUGGACAGUCUACUAGCAAGGAGUCUACCACUCAAGCAGCGGUUGUUUAGGGAGAUGAUUCUGGGUGGGGUGGCUGUAUAAAUGUAGCCAUAAAUGUCAUCUGAGGUUGGCCAUGGGAUUUUUUGCAUUGUUACAGAAGAAACUUGAGUAUGACGCUCAGAUUUUCUGCUGACACUGCAAAAGGGCCACGUGUGCACCUUUUGGAAUGUGCAAAGACAACUGAGCCACUUACCAGUAGUAUGUCUCCGACAGGAAUGGCUCACCAUUUGAGAUGUUGCACGUCUGAUAGUUGUUGAGAGACUUUCAUGCGGUGCCAGUUUGACAUGUCUCAAUGCUGCCAGGGUUUGAAAAUACGUUUUUGCCAAUUCCCUCCUUCUAAAAUACACGAUUCCUUUUGCUGAAAAGUUGGUCAUCUCUACACUGCCACAUUCUGGAGAUUAAUUAGCAGAGUGUAGAUAGCUUCCUGCUUGGGAACCACACUUUGCAGACCCUCCAUGUGUCCCUAUUUUCCAGGGACGUCCGUGAUUUAGAGAAGCCGUCCCAGUUUCUGAUUUGAUCCCGGAAUGUCCCAUUUUUCCUUAGGACGUCCCAAUUUUCAUUGGAGAAAUGUUGGAGGGCAUGACUUUGGUAUUUUAUUAGAAAGCAGAAUCUUGAGUUUCUGAAACUCAGCAUGGAAAAACCAUGCUAAAGGCAGCAUCUUCAUGUGGACCUCCUCCUGUCUUUGCUGGUAAAGAAGCACGCAAAUUUGCAGAUUCCAAAGAGGCCUCAUUCAUAGCAUUGCCAACUUUGUUUUGUUGCUGACAAGGGCUUCUGUGCCUGUAAUGAGAAGCAAACCAUUAGCUGGUGCAGCUUUGCCCCCUCAAGUGCAUCUGCAUGCCGGGAGAAAUUUCAUUUGGUGAAUUUACAUUUUCCAUCUGUUAAAGGCAAAAGAGCUGUGUGAGGGGAGGAAAGGCGGCAACACUAAUUAUUCAGACAAUAAAUGGCAAAGCAGUAUAUUCUGUUACAGCAGUUAAAAAUAUGGCGAGCCACUGAUAACUGGAGUGCAGAGUACUGGGCUUGACAGACAUAUGGCAUGAUUUGGUGUCAGCCACAUUCACGCAAUAUGUAUUUAUAUGAAGGGAAAAGGCCCUGUUAUAAAUAUGAAGUAUUUUGGCCUUUUAAAAAUUGUCCUAUGUAACUUGGUGACUCCAUAUCCGGGAGAUUUUUCUGAAACCACUAGACUUUAUACUUUUGGUCUAUGAGGAUUAAAAUAAGGGACACACACACACACACACACUAGUGAGUAGUUCUUUUUAAGCUCAUACCUACAUCCCACCUAGGCAGAAUGGUUCUGUGACGCCAAGCCAGAAAAUUGUUAUUUCUGCUCUUGAAUCCAAAUAACCUUGCUUAAUGAAUUGGGAUGUGAGACUGCUGACUUUUGCCGCAUGAGGAACACUGACAAAUUGGGAAUCGGGCCUUUUUCAUGGUGCAGUCUAGGAAAUUAGGGCCAGCUUUUGCUUCCAGAUCUGCAUCUGUGAUCAAAUUUCCUUUCCCAAUUGUGGCCAGUUCCUCCCUCCCUCCCUCUCUCCUCCUCCUUUCCACGUUCCAGUGACCUUAUUUUAAAAAGGUUCUGUUUGUAUCUGGCUCCAUUCAAAAUGUUUUUAUUUGCUCCCAUUUAAAUUCAACACUCUUUGAGAUCGAGAGAGAAAGGGAGAAACUUCAAUUUUUGCAGAACAGGCCAAGACCACUUCCUCUGCCCCAAGCAGUUUCCGUAAUGGGCACCAGAAACGCAAACAUUUCUGCAUGUUACGCAGUUUGGUCAGGCUGGGGUUUGGGGGAUGCAUUUGAAGCUUAUCCCACAAUCCCACAAGGUAUGUAGCCACUCUUUUUAACCUACCCACUAUUUCUGCAGCCUGACAAGUUUUGUAGUGUAAAAGAAGAUCAGCAACAAGUUAAACUCAGGCUAACUUCUAAGGCUAACUUCUGUCCUCCAGCAUGUCAAAAGCCACCACAUGGAUUUAACCAGGCCUGGAGUUGUUUCAGCUGCUAAGGCCGACCCUCCAAGUAUCCCUAUUUUUCAGGGACAGCCCGAGAUUUACAGAAGCUGUCCCAGUUUCUGAUUUGAUCCUGGAAUAUCCUGCUUUUCCUCAGAACGCCCCUAUUUUCAUUGGAGAAAUGUUGGCGGGGACACUGUGGCUUCCUUGAAAGGCCCCUGGUAAUAGUCGUAUACACAUGAAGCAGAGGAGUUAUUGAGAAACCCUUAGCCUGGCUUUCGGAACUAUAAUUCCCAGGUGUGUCUAGGCAGAAGGAUGUAAAAAGGAAAGGCAGCCGUGCUGGUCCAAAAAACUCCAAAAUCCACAGCUAGGAAACAGCCUUUUUUAGAACCAACAAAAAAUGCCGCAAAAUACUGAGGGAGCUUUCAUGUUUCAGAAGGAGGGAGGGACCUUUAGAUCAUUUGACAUUUGCAAGCGUAGGCCUUGACAGGCCUCUUGGCUGGUAUUCUGGAGGGCAGCCCUUCUUUUGAAGAUUCCUUUCCAUGGGAAACAAUGAACAGAAGGGGGAGGGCAGGCUGAGAAAGGAAACAGCAAAAGAAAUUUUACCAGCUACUGGUACCAGACUUUAACCCUGAGGGGAAGCGGGCUGCAGCAGGGCAGUCCUGUACAUCUUUCAGUGCAUCUCAGAACAGGGAAAUUAAUUUACAACAGACAUGGCCAUCAUUUCAGUUUCACCUCACAUUAUCUCUUCAGCAAUGACUACUUCUCUAAGAAAAGCCACAGCUUCAAGCAAGACUAGGGUUGUUUCCAGAUAGGAAAUCUUGUGUUGCUCAUGCCCACAAGUGUUUUCUGUUUCAGGGUCCACAUGACAUUGUUGUCCUCAAAUGCCAAACCAUACUUUUUAAACAUUAAAUCAGGAUUUCCCCUUGUUGCUUCAUGUCUGUAAAAACCGGGCCUGAGGUAGUAGAGUUGAGAAUGUCUUUAACCUGAGAGAGAGAGAUUGUGUAGACAGUUUCAGGCUAGAUUGGCCUUCUCCAACCUGAUGGCCAUAGUGGGUUGUUGUUACGUACUGAAGUUUUCACCCUGGGCCAGCAGGGGGAUACUGUAGAUAGUUUUCACUCAGGUCCACAUAUGCAAAUAAGGGAUUGAAAGUGACGUUCAGUGAUUGGAUAGUUACAGAAAGUGGUUACUGUUGCAUUGUAGUGGAGCUCUAUAUAAGCAGGCUGGCUGAACCCUUCAGUUCAGUUCUGUUCUGGCCUGUGAAUAAACAAGAGCUGUUUGAAGAAUCGCUGUGUCGUCUGAUAUGUUCACCCACAACUUAACAGUUAUAGUGUUCCAUCUAGCUCAGUAUUGUUUACACUGACAGGCAGCAGCUCUCCAGGGUUUCCCAGCCCCACCCAGAGAUGCCAGGGAUCAUUCUGCAUGCAAAGCUGAUGCUCUGCCACUGUGGUAUAGCCCUUGUCAGCCAAAACAUCUGGAGGGCAGCAGGUUGGGAAAGGCUAGGCCGAGCCAGAUUGUGUGCCCAGGGAAAGACACCAAGCUUACUUCCCACCUAACCAAUAAACUGGUUACAUCCCACUUCUGGAAUUGUGUUUAACCCAGAAUGGAAUCCCACACUUAGUUUUUGCUGGCUUAGUAGAAGGCAACGAUCAGUCUUUCCCAAAGUUAGCCUCUUCUGUGUUCUUCCAAGGUUUCUAUUUGAUAAGAAGAAACAUAAAUUCAAGGCACAACCAGUGCUCAGUUGCCUUCAGUAUCCUGUGUGGACAGCCCUGUUCUUGGUAUAUCUUUCUUUCUCGCCUUUUCUUCUCAGUUUCCAUUUGCUCCACACUGAAAUCUUCAGGAUAAAAUGGGAUACCCGUCCCUGGAUAAUCGAGGGUCGUCAGCUGUGUUUUUCUUCCAACGGCUUGUAGAAGCAAUAUUUCAGGCCUACCCUCUGCGGAGCUAGCCUACCUCACUCUGACAGUGCUAAAACAUGUCCUGUAACGUUCAAAGGCUUCCACAGAGGGGUCCCUGUUCAGUUUCAUUCAAAAGAGCUGGCAAGAGGCCUGGGGUUCUUCUGGCAGACAGUUUUGUUUCAGUCUGCCAGGGUUGCUCAUCCUCAAAGCAAAAGCGCCACGGAACGCUUUUCGUUCGCAGAGAUCGAUAAUUCGAUGCAGACGGCAGCGGGCGUGGGAGCGUGCGCUUCGCGGCAUGACAUCUUGACCUUGCAGCUGCAGAUAAGUUCAGCAAGAAGAGCGAAGGAGAACACACACGCACACACAUGCACAUUGGGGAGAAAUAAUGUUUACUCUACCAAAAUAUGAAGCUUUAAAUGCCCUGGCUUCACAGCAUCCUGGGCUUGCUUCCCCUUUCAAGAAAUGUCAAACUAAGCAGAUGUGCUCUCUUGACACUCGCCUCCCCGUCUGCCAACAUCUGGUUAUUCCACCGCUGGAAUCACAUUUAACCCAGAAAGCUUAUUGCCAAGACUCUACGCGGCUGAAAUUCGCUUUUGGCCUUUCCCCCUCCCACCCAGCUCCCCUUUCAUGUUGUCAAACAAGCUACAGUUUGCAACUUGCCAGGACUAAGCAUGGGGUUCCUUGACGCUUACCUGUUCAGUGUGGUGCAAUGCUGGAUCUCCUCAAUGGCCAGGCAGCCUGGCCAUCCAGGAGACCAGGGCACACAGGAGGGAUAGCUCAGUUGGUAGAGCAUGGGACACUUAAUCUCAGGGCCGUGUGUCUGAGCCCCACAUUGGGUGGAAUAUUUCUGCAUUGCAGUGGGUUGUACUAGAUGAUCCUUGUAGUCCCUUCCAGCUUUAUGAUUCUAUGAUCUAUAAACUGGCUACUGAAUGUGGAAACAUCCUACCCUGGCUCUCUGAAAAUAUGGUUGGUGAAGAAACGUCGUAUAAGGGGAGUGAAGCUACCGAUCUGACAACGGGAAACACAUAAGAGCUCACAGAGACAGUGCCCAAGGACAGUAAAAAAAUGCAGGCAGCAGAGUUGGUCAAGAUACACCUGUCUUUCUGCCUGUGUGUGUAUUGGGGUGUGUGUGUACACUCACAUGCAUAUACUCACCAAAAAGUAGCAGUACAUUGCAUAAUGCGGGUUGCGGGACGCGGGUGGCGCUGUGGUCUAAAUCAAUGAGUCUAGGGCCUGCCGAUCAGAAGGUUGGUGGUUCGAAUCCCCGCGACAAGGUGAGCUCCCGUUGCUCAGUCUCAGCUUCUGCCAACCUAGCAGUUCGAAAGCGUGUCAAAAGUGCAAGCAGAUAGAUGGGUACUGCUCCGGCGGGAAGGUAAACGGCGUUUCCGUGUGCUGCUCUGGUUCGCCAGAAGCGGAUUAGUCAUGCUGGCUACGUGACCCAGAAGCUGUACGCUGGCUUCCUUCACCAGUAAAGCGAGAUGAGCGCCACAACCCCAGAGUCGUCCACGACUGGACCUAACAGUCAGGGGUCCCUUUUACUUUACCUUUACCUUACUUAUACCUUUACAUUGCAUAAAAUCAAAUUUAUUAGGAUUAGCAUUACUGCCAUGCUGAGUGAACAGUUUCCUGGGAGUAAGCUGCACUGAACUCUGUUGUGUUUACUUCUGACUGCAUAAAUUUGGCCUGCAAGAUACUUCAAGCUUUGACAAAAGGUUUCCAGCCAGCUGAAUUGCAAGCUUUAGCUUUUAAUUAGAAGUGCAAACUGUCUUGCAAAGAAGUGCUGCUGGCCUAGGGUGUGAUUGGCUGUGGUGAUCUUUGUUUUCGUGUGUGAGUGAGGUGGGUGGGUGUUUUGGAUCAGGUUAGCCAUAUUGAUUUGUAUGCUGUUGGUGGAUUAUUGUCAUUGUCUUGUUGGGCUGUGUAUGUGAUAAAGGGGAGCCAUACCGGGGUGAAGGCGUCUUCUUCUGUUUGUCCCCGUGUCAGUUUCAGUUUAUUAGUUAAUUUUUCUAGUAGGGCUGUUUCCCAUACUAUUUGGUACCAUUGGUCCAUGCUUACUCCUGACAGGUCUCUCCAGUGUCUGGUUAUGGUGUUUCUGGCUGCUGAAAGUAGGUGGGUUAUGAGUUCUUUGUGGUGUAAAUGGGCAUUGUUGUCUUGGAAGAUGUUUAGUAGGGCCAAUUCUGGGGUGAUAUCUCACCACCAAAGGAACACAAGUAACGCUGACACCAAACUCUACAUACAUUAAGCAUAAUAGAAACAUUGCCAACCGACCCCACCCCCAUCCAUCUUCCCUCCCCCCUCCCCCCACUCCCCCUUUCUUUUUCCUUUCUUUCUUUCUUUCUUUUUUUUCUUCUCCCCCUAAUGCCUCAACAAAUGAAAUGGAUUUGUAAAAAUGUUACAUGGAAAAAAAUUACGAGGCAUUACACUUACUUCUGUAAAACAAGAAAAUCCUUAAUAAAAAUAUUAGGGGGAAAAAAAAGAAAAAGAAUUCAACCUCAAAAAAGAAAAAAGAAAAGAAGUGCUACUAUUUUAAACGACUAGUGCGAAGUAGGAUCCCUGUAAAAGGAAAGAAGUAUUUUGCCUUUGCUUGAUUAUCCUCCUCAUUCUCCCAUUUCAUUAUUGACCUUUUAUUGGUAUUUCUAUUCUUUGUAUAUCGUAUUGUUGUUUUAUUGCUAUGGCCAAUGGCUGACACAAAUAAAGAUUCAUCCAUUCAUUCCCAUCCCAAUUCAUCUAUGGUAACCGGCCACAACAGACCUGAAAGCCCCAUUAUCACUUCAUUCCCUUGACAGAGUAAGGAGGGCCCAUCAAUUGCCCUGAUGUUCACACAGAUAAUGCCAUGCCCCUGCUUUUUGGGGGGGGGGGUGAGCCAUUGAAAUUUGCUGCUUUGUGUUCCCUUUCCAAGGAGUCCUGCUCCUGUCCCCCCCCCAGCACCUGGUAAUUGGAACUAUACUGCUUCCAUAUAAGGAGGUUCUCCUCUGUUUUUAUGGCUUUUUUCCUGUUUGUUUAACAAUUCUAGCCUUAUUUGUAAUGCUUUCCACAAAUUUACUGUGGACAGGCAGGUCUGUUAUUUCUUUAAAUACCCGCAAACGCUUAAAAAACAAACAGACUGCUGUUAACUCUGGCCACUUUCCAGUUACAUUGCAUUACUUAAUCGUUCAGGAUGAAUAAUCAAACCAGUGGUUUUCAAACAUUCUGCCUUCGGGAAACAUUUUCCACAUUGAUUUCCACAUUGAUUCUGCAGAGUCAUGCAAUAGGUCAUCAUACUAAGCCACCUAAUGGCUUAGUGCAGGACACAGGCUGUUUUGGAGAGGACAGGCGUACAUGCAUCUCAGUAAAGUCUUGAUCAGGCAAUAGUAGGUCACAAUAUUGCCCCAUACGGUGGCCACAUACACAUCAGCAGCAGAAGAGGAGGAAAUGCGUCACCAAAAAAAGAAGUCAAAAGAGUAUACCAAUUUACAUGAAAUUUGCAUGCAGUGAUUCAUAUGUAUAAAUGCAAAUUGAAAAAUAACUAAUUUAAACAGAAAUGCAACACAUAGCUGGAGGAGGGGGAACUGUGACCAAGUUCUAUUUAGGUGCCAACUGUUGAUGGGCAACUUCAAGAGCUCUGCUCUCUCUUCUUAGGGUUCUUUUACACCAGACAGCGCUUGAGAGAUCUAUCCUCUGUAUGACUAGCACUGUGCUCUGGAAUCCACUCAACUCGGAGAGAGACAGUGUGGUGUAGUGGUUAGACUGUUGGACUAGGACAGUCUAGGUUCAGAUCCCCACCUGGCCACGACUAUGCAACAGGCACUCUGUGGCACCUGUAAUAGUGCCUGUUCUGCAGAUCAAAGUGAAUACCGUAUUUUUCGCUCUAUAACACGCACCCGACCAUAACAUGCACAUAGUUUUUAGAGGAGGAAAAUCCGUAGGCAUGCCACCCAUAAGCAUUCCCUCCAUAACACGCACAGACAUUUCCCCUUACUUUUUAGGAGGAAAAAAGUGAGUGUUAUGGUGCAAAAAAUACGGUAAGUGGGCAUAAAUGAUAAGAGUACACCACCUUGAGCUCCCCAGAGGAAAAAGUGGGCUAUAAAUGUGAAGAACAAAUAACAAAAUACAGUGGUACCUUGGGUUACAUACGCUUCAGGUUACAUAUGCUUCAGGUUACAGACUCCACUAACCCAGAAAUAGUGCUUCAGAUUAAGAACUUUGCUUCAGGAUGAGAACAGAAAUGGUGCUCCGGCGGCGCUGCAGCAGCAGGAGGCCCCAUUAUCUAAAGUGGUGCUUCAGGUUAAGAACAGUUUCAGGUUAAGUACGGACCUCCAGAACGAAUUAAAUACUUAAUCCCAGGUACCACUGUAAAGGAAAACUCAUAAAUUUCAGGCAAGGUGUCUUUUAGAAAAACUUCUCCACUGCUCCUGCUCAUAUGACAAACGUUUCCAAAGGACAUCAGGGUUCCUUAACAGUUUCUGAAUUAAUCUGAAUUAAAUCAACCCAAUAAAAAAAGAGGAAAGGUAGGGACAGAUAGGCUAAGCUGAUCUGCCCAAAUCCACACAAGGAAAUCUGUGGCACUGCAGGGAUGUAAGCCUUCUAUGCCCCCAGGCAGCCUGCAAGCACCGCAUGCCAAUCUCCCCUCAACAGGGUUCUGCUUCAGGGCCUUGGUGGGAGACCGCAGCCUCCUUUAAACUUCAAGCAGCUGUUUCCCUGGCACAGUGCCUUCUGAUUGCUAUGGUUUAAGAGGCACAUAAAUAGAAGUAGGGGAGGGAAGUGGGUGAUGACUUUACAAUGGUUACCAAGCUUUUUCUGGGGUAGCUGCUGAGCACCCUUGACCUACAGCCUGUUGGGAAAGGUGUUUGUACCUUUUGGCUAUGAGAAUAAAGGGACUGGUUGACAGGGCCGACCCCAUCAUUGGGCAGAGUGACGCAGCUGCCUCAGUCAAGGAACGUUUGGGAUAGGGAAGAGCAAUGAUGCCUUGGAAGACAAGGUUAUGUGUGUGCCCCGUAAGCUUAGUCUGUUGCCCUCAGGCCUGUUGUUGUCCUGCUGGCAGUGUUGAAGUGAGGUUCAACUGCUGCUCCAGCUGGCUUCUGUGCGUGAAAUUUGGGGUGUGGGUUUGUGGGGCGCCACCCUGUCCUUAGUCCCAGGCAGCAGCAUGUCUUGGGCUGAUCCUGCUGCCUGGUUAAGCUUAAAUCAGCUUUAACAAGAUGUUUCCUCUCCCUCCACGCCUCCACUUCUCCCAAAGCGUCCAAAGCAGCCGCCGCUAAGUGCAAUUGAUGCAUUCCUCAAGUUGUUUUAGGAUGUUGCUUCUUUUACCACUUCCUAUAUUUAGCAUUUUUAAUUUUGCUCUUAAAUUUGAGCAAUUUCACCACAUUGCAUGAGUGCCAAUUAAAAGCUGCCUUUUCCCCCAUUUUUUAUUAUCGUUCAGUGAUCUAAAAGCUGUCUAGAAUAAGCAGUGAACUAUUCUUAAGCCUAGUUCUCACAGGUGAGUUUUUUGGCCAAUUCUACAACAUUUUUGCUUGAGUUCAAGGGAUUACAUUUGAAAAACAGACAGCUGUCUUCCAAGACUAGAGAAAUAUGGCCCUCCUUUGCUGCAGCUUCCAGAAAUUUAUACCCCAAUGAAGUCAAAUCCAGGGUUCUCUUGUUGGAACCUUUCUAGAAUCAGCUUCCUCUGGUUCUGGACCCAAGGAUCAGCAGCAUACUCAUUCUCAAGCAAAGAACUUGUUGUCUUUUUUGUCAAGGUGAUUUGUAUCAGUUCCUGGUCCUCUAGUGUACAUGUUGCUUCAUCCUCGACACUCCUUGCGUGGGUCCCCUGAGGCAUGUCCACCUCAAUGAACACCUAUUCCAUGGUCUGGUACCAGCGGUAUCGGGGGCGGGGGGCGGCGGGCGCAUGGCACCAGACUGCUGCGCUCUUCAAACGGUGCCGAGACCCACUCAGCGGGUGCCUCGCUUCAUUCCCCCCACCACGACCUCAGCUCCCUAAAAGCUGCCUUUUAAAAAACAUUGCAGGGUGCUAAAAUGUGGGUGUAUCUGGAGAGACAGUGGGGGUAGCCAUAGCCCUGGGUCAGCGGGCAGGAAGAAAUCAGGCAGGGAGGGAAGGACACCACUGCAAACACAUAUGGACACCACCGCGAGCACAUAUGGACUCACCCGCCAAAAGCGGGAGGUGGGGGGGGCACUGAGCCAACAAUAAUGUUUAUGAAAGCCUCUCGCCUGUGUUGUUAACUCUUCAGCUUCUGCUGGGAAUCUUAACUCUUUGGCUGCUUUUUCAUCCUUAGUUGAAAUAGUGCAGAUGAUGAUGGUGAUUUAAUUUAAGAUAGAUGGUUUUGUGCCAAUUAAAUUAAACAAACAGAGAUACAGACUAUUGUGCUAAAAUGGCCAAGGAUAGAGCUCAGAGGGUUAAAUGUGGCCAGGCUUCUCAAUCUGGCCCUUGGGAUCCUCACCAGCUACGGUGCCUUUCCCUAGGCUAUCAUCCCUCACUGGUCCUGCUUCCCACCCUCCUUGAGUGUUUUUGCUGGCCUGAAAUGUGUCCUUGAAUUCAGAUAAUGCUUCUUGCUUGCCCGGUUGGAUGACAGAGAGGGAGGUUCAAGUGCCUGCAGAAAGCAGCCUACUAUACAACAGUAAAAUUCACCUUCAUUGCUUUGCCUUAUUUUGCAUCUGGCUACCAUUGGCACUUUGCCCCAGAAAGGAUGCCUAGAAACCUUUUUGUUUUGAAAAAGGUUUCCCACCUUUGGUGUGGAGGGAAAUGAAGGUUCAUCCAGGUGAGGAGGUGAAGAGGCAUGGUGCCAGAGCCUGGCCUCCUAAAAUGUCAAAACUCCACCUCUUCAUAGGCUUCAUCUGCACUAUACAUUUAAAGCAGCGUCAUACCACUUUGUACAGUCACGGUGUCCUCCAAAGAAUCCUGGAAACUGUAGUUCUUUAAGGCUGCUGGAAGUUGUUAGGAGAACCUUGAAUACUCCUCAUCUUUGUAGGAGGCAAGUCAGAGGAAUUAAGGCAGACAGUAGUGACAAGAGAUGAAGUUCAAGGCCUAAUAGACAAAAUUUAAAACUGGCAAAUCACCAGGUCUGGAUGGCAUCCACCUGAGCGUUCUAAAAGAACUGCAAUGUGAAACUGAUGGUCUUCUAACAAAAUAUGUAACUUGUCCCUCAGAUCAGCCUCCAUCCCUGAGCACUGAAAAAUAGCCAAUAUAACCCAAUUUUUUAAAAAAGGGAUCCAGGGGGGAAUCCUGGAGAUUACAGAAGAGUUAGUUUAACAUCUGUCCCAGGAAAACUGGUGGAAAUAUAAAAUAAACAAGCAUACAGAAGAACAAGCCUUGCUGAAGCACAGCUAGCAUGGUUUCUGAAAGGGCAAGUCCUGUUUCACAAACUUAUUAAAGUUCUUUGAGAAUAUCAAGCAUAUAGACAGAGGUGAAUGGGUUGAUAUUGGAUGCUUAGUAGUCAGGGAAUAAGAUGAGAGGUCCUCUUGUGGAUCAGGAAUUGGCUAAGUUGCAGGAAGUAAAGUAUAGGAAUAAAUGGACAGUUCUCCAAAUGAAGAGAAGUAGAAAGUGGAGUCCCCCAAGGAUCAGUAUUGGAAACUGUGCCUUUUAACUUGUUCAUAAACAAUCUAGAGUUAGGAAUGAGCAGCAUGGUGGCCAAGUUUGCUGAUGAUAAUAAAUUGUUCAGGGUUACUGAAACAAAGAGAAAUUGUGAGGCACUCCAAAAAGACCUUUCCAAACCCAGAGAGUGGGUGGUAAAAUGACAAAUGCAAUUCAGUGUAAUAAGUGUGAAGUUAUGCAUGUCAUAGCAAAAAAUAUAUUUAAUUUCACAUCUAUGUUCGAGACCUUGAGGUCAUAGUAGAUAGCUCAGUGAAGACAUUGAUCCGGUAUGCAGCAGCUGCAGAGAAGUCAAAUUCCAUACUAGGGAUCAUUAGGAAAGGAGUUGAAAAUAAAACUGCCAAUAUCAUGCUGUUAUACAAAUCAAUGGUUCAAUUGCAUUUUGAAUACUAUGUACAGUUUGGGUCAGCUCACCUCAAAAAUAUUACUGGAGAUUCGGAAAAAGGCAACCCAAAUGAUUCAGGGGGUGGAGCAAUUCCCUGUAUGAGGAAAAGCUGUCGUGUUUGAGACUUUUUAGUUUAGGGAAAAGGUGAGGAAGAGGUGACAUGAUCAAAGUUCAGGGCUUUUUUUCUGGGAGGGGUACGCAGGGGUACGCAUAGCCCUAAACAUUUUGUGAAUCUUUGUACUUUUGUUCAUUUACAUAACCCUCUGUUUACGUAAACAUUGGGAUGCGCGGGUGGCAUACCCGGAAGUAUUUUACCGGGUUUCACCGCACGUGCAUGCAUUCCACAUCUAUGCUUAACUAUUAUUUUUUUCUUCUAAUUUUAUCCCCAUCUCUACUAAUUGCAAAGGUUUAAUCAAAGCCUGCUAAUGUACCAAUAUCUACCAUAUUUUGCACAUAAACAAUAACAAUUUCCUGGACUACUUCCCGUUCUUUUCCCUGACUUUGGCGUACUUAAAUUUCAUCAGAAGACAUCUGUCAAUAUUAAGGCAAGUUCCAGAUCCAGCUCGCCUUCCCUCCAAACUUUUCUCUGUAUCCUCUCUGUUUUGUUUUGUUUACAGGGAGGUUGUGCAGCAGAGCUUUCCAAACUGUGUGUCGCGACAUGUUACGUGUGUCAGCUUGCAGUCUGUAGGUGUGCCAUGUGAACACUCCCCGUGAUCCUCCCAGGGUUGGAAAGGGGUUAGUUUAACCUCUGGUUUGCUAGUAAAACUGAAUUGCUAAAUGAUACAUGUCUAAAAAGUGUGUCACCAACAUGAAAAGCUUGGAAAGUUCUGUUGUACAAUGUCAUGUCAAGAAAUUGCCAUCCUAUAAUUUCCUGUGCAUUUUUUCAUCGCUUUCCUUAUUGCAGAAAGUCUGUGGUUUUUUUGUUUUUGUUUUCAAUAAGAAGUGGGUUUGUUGUGCAAAAGUGCAAAAUCCACUUUAAUUUCAUAACUUGAAUUUGCCUGUAUCCGCUUGAAUCCCACUAAUAAAAUAGCAACAGGAGCCUAGAAUGUAAUAUUAUUAGUUGCUGGUAUGCAAGACUUUUCAAGCUGCAUCUAAUUCAACUUCAUUAUAUCACCGGUAGUUGGAAAAUGUGUGGGCUGUUGGAGAUUUUUCACUGUUUUUGGUGAGAGCACCCACUGAAACAGACUUAUUGGGAACAGAUUUUACAAACACACGGCUUUAUUCUACGUAGGCCAACAGAGAAAUAUCCUAACAUCAUUCUGUUUCAUUUGUUGCCAUCUGAGAGCCCACUGCUUCCACAUAAAGCUCUAUUUUUCAGUAUUUUGUUGGCAGUCAAAGUGGAUUUAGCUUGUAAGGGAAGUGGUUACUUCCUCUACCCCGAACCGGUAGAUGGAUUACGGGAUAUAAUAAUUAUGCUGGUUAACUUGCCAGGUUUGAAGAAUGAGGGGACAGGGAGGAAUCUGAUUCCUUUUUAUGAGCUGUGGGUUGCAUUUCCCACUUUUCUGGCAGCCCAAGAAGGCAAUAUACAUGCACUCCUGACAGAUUCAGAUUUAUUUCUUCUCACUUAACGGAAACCUUAUUAUUAAUGCCCUUCAUCAGUCACUGGCUCAAAAUACAUUUCUUUUUCUUCCGGAUGACUUAUUUUAGUUAUUAUUUCAGUCUGAGAACGAGUGUAUUGUUUGUUAAACUGUACUGCUGAUAUCAGGUUUUUGAUGUAUGGUAUUAUGGCCCACUUCCAUACACUCCCCCCCCCCCACUUUAAAAUAGGUUUGCUGCUUCCCUACUUUCCUUCCUGCUUGUCUUGCACCCAGUCACAAGCAUUUAAACAGAAAACCAAAGAUGAGCUCUGCGUAAACAGACAGUGUUUACAUGUAAUCUUAGCCAGAGGCAUUAUCAAUACACGCUUCCUUGCUGUAAAGUCAGAGCACCUUAGGAAAACCUGAGCCUUUCCAGAGAGACACAGCUUGGGCUUUAUCACCUAACAGACAGUUUUAGGAUCCCUAACAUUUGGCACUAAUGGAAGUCAAGCGCUACACUAAAGAGGCUUAGAUCCUGCAGAAUAAACUCUGCAUGUGGCUUAUGUUUUCUUACUUUGUACCAUUUAUUUUGGUUCCCAGAGCCAGGCUUUCAAAGAUUUUGGAGACUGGGGCGAAACGGAGGAAGGGGGUGGUCUGAAGAUUGUCAGUAGGUGUGCUGCUAGUAGAGAAGCCAGUAUCCAGAAGCUAUGCAGUUGAGUGACAAUCUAUUCUAUGUCCACUGAAAGUCCUGCUCCCCCAUACCCACUUCCUAUCUGCAACUGUUUUUCUCUCGUAGUCAUAUGGGCUAGAAGCUUAUUUUUCAACAAAAGCUAAGAUGUUCAAGGUUCUGCUGUCGCCAUCACCAUUAUUUCCAGCACCAUCAACGUGCACAGUGCUUUGCAGAGUCCUGCUCUCUGUCCCAAAUUGCCUGGGAUUGUCACGACUAUCUGCUGAUAAUCCUAGGUACCCUUGCUGUUGCAAGGAAAUCCUUUAUUUAUUUUUUAACCCUCCCUGCAGGUGGUAGGUAAACAGAUUCCUAAUACAGAGCUGACUCACCUACCCCCAUGUUUUGCUUAGGGUUGAUAACAAUUAAUGCUGGUCUCACUAUGGGCUGGAGGAAAGGCAGAGCUGAGAAGCUGAGAAGCCAAGCCAGCAGCAACACUUUGAGAAGUGCCCCAAUUCCUGCUGGAUUUGGUGAGAGCUGGGGCGGAGUGUGCCAGGAGGCAGCAAUUCCUGUUUUGCCUCAGGUGGCGAAAUGGGCUGGGCUGCCCCAAGGAGAGUAAGAGAAAGCAGAUACUGAGCAUGCAGACAUUUCAAAAGUGCACCAUUUUUGGGUAGAUCUACAGUCAGGAAGACUGAGCUGGACAUGCCAUUGACGAGGGGGAGGAGGGAAGAUAAUGGCAGCACAGGUAACAGCAACAGGAGGAGCCAAAGUAAACCUGCAGCUACUGCUGAUUAUUGGAGCCUGGUGGCACAUAUUUGAGAUGGCCAACUUACAACCCAUAAGCCACUUUCAAUGCCCACAUUACUCUGGCCCCUUUCAUCCCCUCUCCAGGCCAGCUUGGGCUUGCAAGGUGCUGCUUCUCACCCAGCACUUGUGGAAAAUGAAAGGCAACAAUCUCCUUUCCAGUGUGGUGUAGUGGUUAAGAGCAGUGGACUCGUAAUCUGGUGAACCAGGUUCGCUUCCCCGCCCCUCCACAUGCAGCUGCUGGGUGACCUUGGGCUAGUCACACUUCUCUGAAGUCUCUCAGCCUCACUCACCUCACAGCGUGUUUGUUGUGGGGGAGGAAGGGAAAGGAGAAUGUUAGCCGCUUUGAGACUCCUUGGGGUAGUGAUAAAGCGGGAUAUCAAAUCCAAACUACUUUUCUUCUUCUUCUUCUUCUUCUUCUUCUUCUUCUUCUUCUUCUUCUUCUUCUGCUCACUGGCUCCUCAGGUGCUGAUUUUGUCUAGCUAAUGGCACUUCCUCAACCAUUUCACUCAGAACGUGAGGAUGUGUGGUCCCCCCCCCAAAGGCUAUGUGCUUCAAUUGGUGUGGGGGUAAUGUGACCCAAGUAGCACCUCCAGGGCCCAGAGCAAGGGUAACCAAAUUUGCAAUGAUAAUUUACUUCGAUAGUUUUGUAGAAGAGGGAAUGUAUGAAGUAGUGUAACUUAGCUUCUUCAUUCCUAUUUGCCUUAGGCUCCUCAUACCCUUAAUCCCAGUCUGUCUCUCUCAGGUUAUAUUAGAUAUACCUGUUUAACAUGAGGCAAAAUAAUAGCCCCUCACAACAGAAGAGAGCAAAGUGCAGAGAAAAUUAACUUUCGUGAGGCUUUGGUGGCUGAGUUGGCGUGUCUCAUUAAGCACUCACACAUGCGACCCAUUCCCUCAUGAAAACACACACUUCAACUUACUCCUUUGCCUAGUGCCUAAAAAACAUGUAUCUGCUAAUUUAGCAAAUACAAAUGACUAUCCUCCCUAGUGCAACAUAAAGGCUGUGUACACACUCCCGUUUACUCUGCCUUCAGUGCACUCCUAUUGCUGGUUUGCGAAGUUGGCCACAAUCCACAUCUAUCCUGUAGUUUCUUGAGAAAUACUGUGUAUUGAUGCGUUCCCUCUCAAACCAGCUUUAAUCCGAUUUGAAAACAAAAAGCCAUGCAAAGACAUUCAAGCCCCAUCACCACCCGCUGGUCUGGACAGACAGCAGGUGGCUUGGAAACACAUUCAGCUACACUGAUGUCCACAGUCACGUGCAAAUGCGAUUUGAAACACGGCAGGAGGAAACAACCUCGCUGCAUUUUCUGCUGGUUAUGCAUACGCAGUCUGGCUCCUGAACAGCAGAAUUUUAAGAAUUUGAAAGCUCAGCAUAUAUUAGAAAAAAGGAUGAAUGUCUCAUCAAACUUGCCCCUAUAGAUGAUGGAUAGCGAUUCUGAACAGGCCUUCUCUGGCUGUCUUCAGUGGGAGACUGGGAUCAUACAAUGCAUCCCAACUAAAUGGCUUUGGAGGUUAUAAGGUUGAGGGGGAACAAGGAAGGGCAUAGCAGCUGCGUCUUUGUGGAGGUGUACAAGCAGGAACGAGCCACAGCAAGCCUUGGGCUCGUCCUCAUCCUCUCUCCUCUGCUUGUGCAACAAAAGGAAGGAGCUCAGGAGCUUUUGAUUUGGAUAAGUUAUGUCACUUGGAAUGACAAACUCCAGUUUCUAUUAACUACUGUUAGUUUCAAACAAGCCAACUUCAAACCGUGGUUUCUGAGGCUGACUGGUUGAAUUUAACCACCGUUUAUGGUAACUGCAAUUCUGGGUCCCAAUGACACAAAAAAAGUGGAAGAGAAAGCUCAUAAGAUCUUUCCCUCGGCUGUAAAGCAGGAACAGAACACAUUAGUAUUACAUUUAUUAGUUGCUUGCUGCAUAAAGAGACAUUAAGUGACUUACAAAAUUUGAAGGUAAGCUCCAGAUGUCUGAAAGACCACCUCCUUCCCUACAGAGCCUCUUGUGUGUUAAGAAAGGAGAGGGGGCCCACUUGGGGGGUCUGACGCCCCCAGAUGCUGGGGGGCGAUGUUGCUUGGGAGAGGUCAUUUCUGUGGCAGCCCCUAAACUGUGGAACUCCCUCUCCACAGAGGUGCAACUGGCAGCUUCACUAUACAGUUUUUGGAGAAUGCGGAAGAGUAGGGCUGGACGAUAUAUCGACCAAAACUGGUUUGAAGUCCAUAUCAUGGUAUUGGUUUCAUAAUUUUUGACCUGGCAAUAUAUUAUGAUUCAUGAUGUGUGUGUGUGUGCAUGUGCUAUGCAAAAAGCACAAUGUGGGGAAAACCGUGAAGCCAGCCAAUGCCUCUACAUAGGUCCAUCCUUAUUUCAAACAUUGUGAUAUAUUGGUAUAAAGUGGUACCUCUACUUACGUUCACUUCCGGUUACGUAUCCUUUGGGAUAUGUACGUGGCAAACCCAGAAAUAUUUUUCCGGGUUUCGGCGCACAUGCGCAGAAGCGGCACCUCCGGUUGCAAAUUCCUCAGGAUCCGUCCGGAGCUCCAGAACAGAUCCCAUUCAGGAGCGGAGGUACCACUGUAUUGUGAUGUUUAGCGGGUGAUAUAUCGCAAUGUUGAAAACCAGAUAUUGCCCAGCUUUAUUUACUCUGGCGUUUGGCACCUGAGAAGUAUAGUUGUAAGAUCUACUCUAUUGUUGUGAUGGUGAUUUGUUUUAAAAUGUUUUUAAUGUAUUGUAAAUGGUUAUGACCUGACUUGAGACUUUAGGUUGGUAAUAAAUAAUAAUAAUAACAUUAGAAAAAAAGAACCAUCUAUUACCAUAGAAAACAUGCAGUAAUCCAGAGAAGGGAGCCAAUAAAACAGCAGCAAAAACAAAUACUGUAUUCAUAUAGCAAAAUCACCAUUAUAUAUCAAAUGCCUGGGAGGAGGGAGUUGUUGGUUUUUUUUAAAACUUGGCACCAAAAAUAAGUUAAUGAUGGCACCUGGUGGACCUAACUGGGGAGAGAAUUCCACAGACAAAGACCUACAACUGCAAACGCCCUCCCCCCUUGCCACCAUCCUUCAGGCCUCCCUCAGAAGGGGCACCCAAAAGAGGGUUCAGAUGAAGAGCUAAAUGUCUUGCUUCUGCAUGCCAUGAUAUACCAGGGGUUGGAAACAUUUGGCCCUCCAGUUGCUGUUGCACUAUAACCCCCAUGGUCAUGCUGGCUGGGGCUGAUGGGAAAUGUAGUUCAGCAACACUUGAAAGGCGAAAGGUCCCUUGUCCUGUGCCAAACCAUAGUUUAGCAUGACUAAACCGCAGUUUAGCAUGAUGUAUUAACAUGGUCAAUGUGAGUUCUCUACAGAGGAACACCUCAUAAGGAGACUACUGAAUCUGACGAAGAGUUGACACUCAAAACAGGUUAGGUGUAAUAACUGAAAGCAGGAGUUUUUGUAAAAUAGACUUCUAUCCUAUUUCUUCAGCCUCUUGUGAAGUUUGCCUCCUACGGUUUUUUUUUUGAAGGGAACAGCAGAGAUCUUACUUACAGGAAAAACCCUGUCCCCUUGCUCUACAGGCAAGCAAAGCCGCAUCUCCAGUGUUUGUUAGCUGACGAGAAAUUGAUCCAAAGUUGCACAUAAAUGAAUGGAAACUUGGAUGCGGCCCAUUUGGAAAAGAGGGAUUAAAGGGAGAACAGCCAUACUUUGGAAACUCAGAGGAAGCCAACUGGGCAGGCUUUAGAAGAGAGAAAGGAUGGAGGGGAGGGAGGCUGAGGCAAUCCAUGAAAGGCUUGUAUGUGGGCCAACUUAGAGCAGGGUUGGCAAAAAAAUACUUUUCGUGGCCCAGUUUGCUAGCCACACAUCCUCUCUAAGACUUGAUUUCUGCCAAGACACAGGCCCAGCUCCUCUUUUGAUUGCCAUCGCUGGAAUAUGUGAAGUAUUAGCCUCUGAGCAUGUGCAGAAUGCCUCUGCCUCACCACUCCAGGAGCUUGCUUUUGAGCAAAACCUCAGCCGGGGAUUAGCUAUGGAACCUGCUUUCAGUGCUAGGAACAUGCAGGGAUAAUUUGCUUUGCACCCCAGACAGAUUUGCAAUGGGAGGUGAACAGGGCAAGGUUUCUCGGUCACAGGCCUUGAACCUGAGAUAUAUUUCUUCUUAGGAACUGCACCAAUCUGCUUGAGCAUAUCGCCUUGUUUCAAACAUGCAGGACCAACUGGUCCACACAUCUGACAAUGGUCAGCAUGAGCUGCGUAGUCAAUGUGCCUGGCUUCCUCACAGUGGGAACUGCAGGGAAAGAGGAGAUUCUUUUGGAAACUCAGGAAGCCCCCACACUGACAUUCCCUGUAAAGCAACGGACACGGCGGCUAACUGUUGGGGUGUGCGUGUCCUCAAAAAUGUGUUGAGACUGCUCUUUGCAAGCUCCAGCCCCUAAAACAAAUCCCCUCUGGCAAUUAUUUUCAUGCCGCUGUGACUUCAUUCCUAUUUAGAUCCCGAGGAGGUUGACCUCCCGCCCACCAUCAACUUCAGCCCCUGCAGCAUCCAAGACAGAAAAUGCCGUCAGAAGCAGCAAGCAAGGAACCGUGAGCGGAUAAACACUGUUGUCAAAAUGAGGACCAGUGGGAACCUGCCCAUCCGGGAGGACACCCGGCCAGUGGUGAGGUGUCCUGGUUUCUCUUCAGGGGUGGGGGAACGAAAAGCCACCAUCUCAGCAGAUUAGGUACCUCCACUUCUGUCGCCCAACUUUGCUGUUCCUUUAAACCUUUGGCCCUCCAGAUGUUGGACUCCAAGGUUGCUUCCAAAUGAGCCAUUUAAUGAACAUUUUGUCCUGAUUUUGUGAGCACUUCAGUGUGCUUUCAGAUCAGGAUUAUGGCCAGAGUUUGUGGGGAGGUGAAAUGGCAAUGGCUCUUUACUGAGCAUUUUUCUGAUUUGCUUGAGGGGAGGUUAUAUAGUGUUGCCACAAGCAAGUGUUGUCCUACACUACCCAGUGCACUUCCCCAUCUCUUUCCUUAUUGCAAAAAGUCCCUAUUUGGGGGUGGGUGCAGGGUUUGUUGUGCAAGAGCUCUGAAUCAACUUCAACUGCGCAACCUGAAUUUGCCAGUAUAUGAUUGAAUUCCACCCAGAAAUGGAAGCACCCCAACUACCAUUGGCUCCUGACAGCAUAGCCAGUGGUCAAGGAGGUUGGGAAUUGUAGUCCAAAUGCAUCCGAAGGGCCACAUGUUCCUUAUUUCACAGCAGAGCUAAGUAAAGCAACAUUUCUGCCUCUCAAUGGCUUUAAUAAAGGCAUCAUCCAACUUGCUUCAACUAGGGCUGCCAAACAUCUGGGUUUUCCCGGACACAUCCGGGAAUCGGGCAGCAAAAUGGCGUCCAGGCGGAUUUUUGCUGAAUUGGCAAAAUGUCUGGGGGAAACCCGAACGUAUGGCAAGUAGGGCGUGUUUUUUAAAUCUAUCUAUCUAUCUAUCUAUCUAUCUAUCUAUCUAUCUAUCUAUCUAAAUAAUAAUCCAAGAAAACUCCAGUGUGUUUUGAAUGAAGCCAUGGAAUUUUCUAAAUCAGAUGUUAAUGUUAAUAGUGAGGAGCAUGGUUCUGUAGAAAUGUACAAGUUGUUGUGGAGGUGGGAUGAUUUCCAAAAUCAAUCCUCCUGGCAAACUAGGAAUAUCCCCUCAUUCACCCAAGUUUAAGAUAUUCCACCAUUCUUCAGCAGUUUCUUUUUCUUUGAAAAAAAUAAGUGGCUCACGUAAACGUAAACAAGCUUUAAUAAUAAACUGAGAGAAAACUGUAACAAAAUAACAUAAUGUCUGAGAGAAACUAAAUACAGCAUCAUGAGGCAAGUGUGAGGCAAGAAACAAGAAGAGGCAGUUAGUCCCUCUUAACUGACAUUCUUAACGGAACACACACUGAAGGGAGGGGCCAAUUCCGGAGCAGAACACACAAGCCCCUCCCACCAGAUACCAAGCACUCUACUAUUCAAAUUAGGCCCCAGUGUUUUUCUUACAGUUGUUGCUAAAAUAGGAUGUGCAGGCCAAGAGGCAGCAGGUCAACCCGGAAAAUUGUAACUUAAAUCAGAAUGAGUAUGUCACUUGUGCAUAUUUGUACCACAAAGAGGAAGUAGUUCUACAAGCAGGCCUAUGAAUCUCAAGUUUUCAUCACCAUAUCCCAUUGAACAAUUCAGUAGCAGAGGUCCGAGAAAGGCUGUGCAAGAGAGAACGUGGAUGAUUAAAAAAAUGUCAUUGGGAGGCCUUAGCUUUCCAGCCUUUUGCAACACAGCGCCGUGAUUUGGUUUACAUAUGUGCAGCACAGCUUAUGUGACAUACCAAGCAGAACACAGCCCACCAACCAUGUUUACAGUGCAUGGUUACAAUUCCAGGUAAGGCAGCAAAACGGGUUUAUCAAGCCACUGAUAUGUGACCAUACACGCCUGGUAGGCUGUGUUCAGCUAUGUGGGUCACUGCUUGUGUAGAUCCCCAUCAGCCUUUUCUCCAAAUCAAGGCCACUCUCACAAAGCAAUCACCUUCAUUUGAUUCAUUUGAUUCAUAACUCCAGCUUAUGUUUAAGAUAGAGCUGCAAAGAUAGAGCAGGGCAUUUUUGCUGCAUAGCAGCUAUAUAUUGUCCUAUGCUGGAAAAAAGGGGAAUACAGUUCAGCCCUGGAGAUAUUUCCAUCCUUUCCAACAAGGAGGCUGCAAGCACAGUGGUGCUUCUGCUUGGGGCUUCCAUGCCUUCUCCACUUCUUGCCGUCCACAUUCUGACUCCGUUGCCUCCUACUGUUUUGCCAACAGGUCCAAGGCUCAUGUCAGAGUGAACUUCACAGAGCGCUGGAGAGAUUAGCAGCUUCCCAAACCAGAACCCACGAGGACCUGUACAUAAUCCCCAUUCCCAACUGUGACCACAAUGGGAACUUCCACCCCAAACAGGUAAUACUGGAGCAUUGGCUGAAAGAUGGGUGGACCUCAGUUUUGUGUUGUCUGCCCUUUGAUUCACCAGCAUCAUUUAGUGUAUAAAUCAUGAGCAUAUGCUAUGUAUUUACUAGUUAAGACAUAACCAGGCUGUGUUAAGUGAGCCCAAGUAUGCAACUCCUGCUUAAAAACAUAACAAGUCUUGCAAAGCCAAAAGUACAGAAGUGCAUCUUCAGCAAUUGCUGAAAGCUGUUUAGUGAAGGCAUCAGAUGCACCUCUGUGGGGAGAGAAUUCCACAACUUAGGGACUGCCAUGGAGAAUGCCAGACCCUACAAGUGUCCCUAUUUUGCAGGGACAGUCCUGGAUUUACAGAAGCCAUCCCAGUUUCUGAUUUGAUCUUGGAAUGCCCCGCUUUUCCGUAAAGGUAAAGGGACCCCUGACCAUUAGGUUCAGUCGUGACCGACUCUGGGGUUGUGGCGCUCAUCUUACUUUAUUGGCCGAGGGAGCUGGCGUACAGCUUUCGGGUCAUGUGGCCAGCAUGACUAAGCCGCUUCUGGCGAACCAGAGCAGCGCAUGGAAACUCCAUUUACCUUUAUCUACUUGCACUUUGACAUGCUUUCAAACUGCUAGGUGGGCAGGAGCUGGGACCGAACAAUGGGAGCUCACCCCAUCGCAGGGAUUCGAACCGCCGACCUUCUGAUCGGCAAGUCCUAGGCUCUGUGGUUUAACCCACAGCGCCACCCUCGCUUUUCCUUAGGACGUUCCUAUUUUCAUUGGAGAAAUGUUGGAGGGUAUGGAGGUAUGCAACCUCUGAGCCAAGGAGAUAAGUAACUAUACAACCUUUAGAAGACAUCCGAAGGCAUCCCUGUAUACGGAAUUUUAAAAAAAUGUUUAAUGUUUUAUUAUGUUGGAAGCCACCCAAAGUGGCUGGGGCAACCCAGUCAGAUGGGCAGAGGAUAAACAAUUAUUAUUAUUAUUAUUAUGGAAUAGGAUGUCACUAUUUUCUUUGGAGAAAUGUUGCUUGAGAAUAUAUUCCUCCCUGCGGCUCUAGGUGGACACAGGUGGAUCAGGUACUUUUAAAUCCUAAUAAAGAACUGUCAAUUCUAAUUUUAUUCCUCUGCCCUUUCAGUGUCACCCAGCGUUGGAUGGGCAACGAGGGAAAUGUUGGUGUGUAGAUAGGAAAACCGGGGUGAAGUUGCCAGGAAGCCUGGAGCUGAAGGGAGACUUGGAUUGCCACCAACCUGCAGAUGGGGUGCAAGAGUGACUUGACUGAAGACAACAGGAUGCUGAGGCUUUCCUUGAUGAACUGCCAUAGCGCUGUUUGAUGAACAGAUGGAUCACAAAUGGGGAUGUUACCACAAUGCGCUCUUUUUUUUUGUUCCUUAAGGGGAAUGAUAACGGCAGUUACACCUGCCCCUACCCCCUCACAACUACAUUAAUCUAAGCCUGACAUGAUCUAGCCCAUCCACAUCUCUCUGGUGUUUAAUUGGGUAAGAAUUAGCCACUACGGUUCCUUCUUCACAGAUUCUCUGGAAACUACAUUCCAUUUGACUUGCCAACCUGCGUGCGGGGGGGGGGGGAGCAGUAUAAGCUUUAACCUUAAGUACUUGGAUGGGUCUUUUGAGAGUGUUUGCCCCCCAGGUAGGCCCACUUCUGCUUUUGGCCUCUAGAGCAGAGGUAGCCAACACAUGGCCUUCCAGAAGUUGUUUGACAUCAGCUCCCAUCUCCUCAGCCAACAUGGCCAAUGGCUGGGGAUGGUGGGAGUUGGGAGUUGGGCCCUAACACUCAGAGGGCACCAUGUUGAGUGCCCUUGCUUUGGAGAGAAAGAUCUAGAUCCCCAUCAUCAGAGUCCUCUUUACCCUCCCACCCCAGCAAACAGGGAGAUGUGGCUUGGGAGAGAGGCAGCCAUCUUCCUCUUUCUGACAUCUAGUUGGUGUCAACCCUGUACAUUCAUUAUGAUCCCUCUCUUAUGGGUUUCAACUAAGGGCUAAAGUCUACAUGUGACUUUAUACUUCUGCAUGGUGACUCUUCUUGCCCUGCCUCUCUACCAGGCUUCCGCGUGCAAUUAGUGCUGUGAUUAUCUGCUAAUAUAUUGGUCGCAAUGUUUUAAAAAUUGCUGUGAAUAUUACUGUUCUUCAUUGUUUAUUGAAACUUCUUUUUAAAAAAAUGUUUUGAUUGUCGUACAUUGCCUUGUCUGAGCAUUUCUCGGGAAAGCUAUUUAUAAACGGUGAAAUAAUCAACACACAAAUCGAAAUCAAUCGUGACGGGUGUGGAUCGUUUCCACACCAGGAACAUCCAGCACAACGAGGAACUGUCCGUAUACUUGUUACACUUCUUAGCAAGCUAAAUUGGGCUUUGCAGUGGGGGUGGGGGGAGAACUGACAUAAAGAAAAGCCUCCUUUAGCAAUGAUAAGGUAACCUGGUUUACCUGGUCUCAAUGACUGUGAAUUGGUCUACUGCUAUGGUUUUGCAUAAAGACACCCAAUGACAGUCAGGUAUUUUAAGCAAAAGAAUCCUAAUGCUUGUUAAAUGAAGAGGUGGAGACAACCUGCAGCCCUCUAGCUAUUGCUAGACUACAACUCCCAACAUCCUUGACCAUUCGGCCAUGAUGGCUGGGGUUGAUGGGAUUUGUAGUUCAACAACAUCUGGAGGGCAGCAGGCUCUCCAUUCCUGUUUUGAUGGCUGUGGGUAUUUCCUAGACAAUUCACCUAGAGAGGUGGUGGUGGUCUUAGACCACUACCCUGAAAAGCAGGUAUGUGGUGGUGGGUGUGUAAGAGAAGCAAUUAGAUCCAUACUAGGUGUGAUGUUAAAUGUGACUUUGCAUUUAAAAUGCAGGAUUUCAAGUCUUGGUUGGUGGGCAGGGAGAAAUUACUGGGAUUCCAGCAGACACAGAGGGGGAGUUUAAUUUUUUCAUUCCCUGCUGCUGUCCUCUAAAGCUAAUAUUUGGAGAAAACUUCCCCAUGUUAGCACCAAUGGGGGAUUUCCUCCCAAUGUAAACUACACUUUCAGAGGAGGGGUUUUGCCACAGCAAAGAUCAAAAGCAUAGCUGUACAUAGGUAAGCGAGAGAAGGAGAAGAGAGUGUGCAAACUUAAAAUUACUCAGGGCUGUUACAUCGUGUAACAGCAAGCCAUGAUUUUGUGUUACAUCUGAAAGGUUCCGGGGAGCUCUGAGGAUUUUUACGUGGAGUGAGCUGAAAUCUAGGAAUGCCAUUUUGGAGAACUGCUCCAGUUGCUCUUCGAAAGAUAUUCUACCUGCAGUUGGAGUGCCCGUUUGCUUCCACUUAUGCGCUGCUUGUAUAUUUGUAAAUAAAGGAAAUGUCACAAAGAUAUUGCAAGUCUCC